AUGGGACCAUUUCCUAUGGCCACGGGACAGCGAAAAUUCAUCAUAUUGGCUGUCGAUUAUUUCACGAAGUGGGUAGAAGCAGAACCACUAGCAAAGAUCACUGAAGCAAAUGCCAAACAGUUCCUGUGGAAGAGCAUAAUAUGUCGCUUUGGCAUUCCUGCAAAAGUUAUUACUGAUAACGGAACACAGUUCACCGGAAGGGUCUUUACCACAUUUUGUAAAGAUCUCCACAUCCAUCUAGUACAUACGGCUGUGGCUCAUCCUCAGACUAAUGGGCAAACAGAGGUCACUAACCAGACCAUUCUGAGAGGAUUGAAGACGCAUCUGGAGAAGGCUAGGGGGCAAUGCUUUGGGCCUAUCGUACGACAGCAAGGACUCCAACAGGAGAGACGCCGUAUAACCUCUGCUUUGGUACAGAGGCUGUCAUUCCAGUCGACAUUGGAGUCCCCAGUCAUAGAGUACAAACUUUCGACUCCAAUGCCAACGACGAAAAACUCAGACACAACCUAG